AUGGAUAAGCUCUCCGUACGCUCCUAUAUAAAGACUCGCUCGCUUCUGGGCUUAACCGCUACGGAAAUUCAUGAUGAAUUGGUCACUGCUUAUGGUCCAUAUGUAGUAUCAUAUUGCACAGUCGCACGUUGGAUUCGUCGAUUCUCCAGUGGGCGGGAGUCGUUCUACGAUGAUCAUCGAGUCGGUCGACCAAUCACCACGGUUACUCAACGGAACAUCGACGCUGUGCAAGACUUAGUGCUUGAUGAUCCCCAUAUAAGCAUUGAAUACAUCGUGGACAUCUUGCAAAUUUCACACGGAAAUGGGUUCCCCACGAGCUCACUUCUGCACAACGACAACUGCGUGUUGAAAUAUGCCUCAACAAUUUGCGGAAAUUCGAGAGUGGCGUUUGGCGAUUGGGUGACAUUGUUACUGGAGACGAGAGUUGGUUCUACUAUCGUAAAAUCGAAUCAAAGCAAGCUUCCAACUUGGAUUCCGAAAGAAGAACCUCCUCCAACAGUGGUGAGAAGGCAGCAAUUCGAACAAAAGACGAUGUUUGUCGUCUUUUUUAUGACAACUGGACCGUUGCUAGUACACUAUUUGGCAUCCGGAACAUCAAUCAACGGCACCUAUUAUCGCGAUGAAUGUCUGAAAACGUUGGUUCGAAAUCUGUGCGAGAAAAGACCAUCAGCAAAGACGCGUGGUAUCCAACUGCACCAUGACAAUGCGCGCCCACAUGUCAGUGGCAUCGUACUUGACUAUCUUCGCGAAGUCAAACUCAACGUUAUGGCUCAUCCGCCUUACUCGCCAGACCUUGCUCCAUCGGACUUCUGGUUGUUUACACGUCUGAAGCGCAAUCUCGGUACAUAUCCAGAUGCUCGAAGUUUAGCCAGAGGAAUCACCAUGGAGCUCAAUUCGAUUCCCAUUGAGGAAUAUCAAAAGACAUGCCACAAGUGGAUUGAAAGGAUGAAACUUUGCGUUGAACAUCAGGGCAACUACUUAGAACAUUUGAUGUAG